UUCAGACCCAACUUCAUCGGGGUUUUUAAGCUUCCCCAAAUUUCCACAAUACGACGACGCUUCUCUCGCCGUCGCCGGCGACAAACACUUCCAUCUUGUAUAAGGUACAAUUUUCCGGAAAUAUUUUCAAGAGAGAGAGAUGAGCUUGUUUCAAAGAUGGGCUUACAUAGUAAAAGAAGCACUUGACAAAAGCUUUUCAGUUGCCAAAUUCUUCUGUGCAAUUCAUGUCACCAAUACCUACCUCUUCUCCACUGCUAUGGUCCAAGGUCCUAGCAUGCUCCCCACUUUCAACCUCAACGGUGAGAUUGUCCUACUUGACAGAAUCUCAACCCGUUAUGGCAAAGUGGGCCCCGGUGAUGUCAUCAUAGUCCGGUCACCUGAAAAUCCAAGAAAUGUUGUCACCAAGAGAAUUAUUGGCAUGGAAGGUGACAGUAUCACCUACAUUGUGGACCCCACACAUAGCGAUAGAACCGAAACCAUAGUUGUUCCAAAAGGACAUGUUUGGGUUGAAGGGGAUAACAUUUAUAAUACUUAUGAUUCAAGGAAUUUUGGACCUGUUCCUUAUGGACUUCUUCAAGGCAAGGUUUUUUGGAAGAUAUGGCCUACAAGUGCAUUUGGAUCAAUUGGGAGGAGACCACAAAUUGGUAACCCUGCCUUUAAGGUUGUGGAGCAGUGACACAUUUUUGACUUGUAAAAUGAUGAAAUCUUAUUGAACAAGGCAGUUUUUUUUUGUUUUGUUUUUUUUUUUUUUUUUUUUGAGCUACAAAUGGAACAUCAUUUGUUUGUCGUGGGGGCAUAUUUAUUUAUUAUAGCACUCUUCAUGUUUGGGAAUAAUACGAUUUGGGC